AUGGCUUCCAUCCACGAGCCCAUAGGCUUCAAGUCCAUACUAAACAACGUCCACGAUGUGUGGCAGCAAGUUCGCAUACCUGUGAUUUUGUUCACAGCUUUUGGACUGCUAAUUCUACGAUUCUACCUCCAUUCUACGGAAGAGAAGAGCGAAUUGAAGGCCCUGCCCAAAGUCUACACCAGGGAGAAACCCGAGACGAAACCUGUGGAGGAAAAGAAGGAUGUAAAACCGAGCCCACCGAGCCCUACUGUCGAGCCGAAUGCGCCAAAGCCGAACGGACCUAAAAGGAUAAAGGGUGGAAUUGUCAAGCGAAACCCUUCCAGCGAGGCAAAGGGAGAUGCGCCAGUCCGCAAGGUCAGGCCUCUCGUCUUUUUCUCGAGCAUCACCGCAAACACGCCCAAGAUCGCAAAGGAGUACGCAGAGCGCCUCGGAAAUGGCCUACAGAAGAUAGCUGCAGGUACCGACUGCUCAUUCACUGCCCCCGAGUUGCUCGACCUUGCCGAGGUCGACUUUGAUGACUAUUUCAUCACCCCGCCCAAGUCGGAAGAGGAUCCCGCGGACCUCUUCUACCUAUUCCUGCUGCCAAGCUACAACAUCGACACGAUCAACGACACCUUCUUGGAGCACCUCCAAGAGACUCACCACGACUUCCGAAUCGAUACCGCCCCGUUGUCCUCGCUACUCGGGUACUCCGUCUUUGGAUUCGGCGACAGGGAGGGCUGGCCGACAGAGGAGGAUGGUUUCUGUUUCCAGGCCAAGGAGGUCGACAAGUGGAUGGCCAAGCUCACGGGCCGGAAGAGAGCAUUCCCCGUCGGCAUGGGCGACACUAAGAGGGACUACACUGAGCGGUUGUCUGAGUGGUCCGAGGGUGUCGUAGACGUUCUCGGUAUGCUGGCCAAGACUGGUAGCCUGGGAGAAGGGCUGCCCGGGAGCGGCGCCCCUGAAGAAAGCGACGACGAGUCUGCGGCAGAGGACGACGACGAGCUUUUGAUUGAGGAUUCUGAAGUGAAGCCCGAGAAGCUCAAGAGCCGCAAAAACAUUGAUGACGUCGAAGACCUGGGGCGCAUCAUGAAGAGCUCCAAUCCUGACGCAGCCAUGAAUGGUCCCGCAGCCAAAGCAACGGCGGCGGCGCCCAUUGCCGUAGACUUCACGACAUACGGCAAGACGGUCGCAAAGAAGGCGCCACUCAACGCCGCCAAGGAGAUGGUGCCCCAAAACUCGCCUACGUACGCCUCGCUCACGAAGCAGGGCUACUCCAUCGUCGGCUCGCACUCGGGCGUAAAGAUCUGCCGUUGGACAAAGUCCGCCCUCCGCGGCCGCGGCUCCUGCUACAAGUACUCCUUCUACGGCAUCAAUUCCCAUCAGUGCAUGGAGACGACCCCCUCGCUGUCGUGCUCCAACAAGUGCGUCUUCUGCUGGCGUCACGGCACGAAUCCUGUAGGAACGACGUGGCGCUGGGUCGUUGACCCGCCCGAGCUCAUUUUUGACGGCGUCAAGGCGAAUCACUACAAAAAGAUCAAGAUGCUCCGCGGCGUGCCCGGCGUCCGCGCCGAGCGGUUCGCCGAGGCCAUGCGCAUUCGGCACUGCGCCCUCUCCCUCGUCGGCGAGCCCAUCUUCUACCCCUAUAUCAACGAGUUUCUCGGCAUGCUCCACGCCGAGCGCAUCUCCUCCUUCCUGGUCUGCAAUGCGCAACACCCCGACCAACUCGCCGCCCUCAAGGCCGUGACCCAGCUGUAUGUGUCCAUCGACGCGUCGAACAAGGAGUCCCUCCGAAAGAUCGACCGCCCCCUGCACCGAGACUUUUGGGAGCGCUUCCAGCGGUGUCUCGACAUCCUCAGGGAGAAGCGCUUCAAGCACCGCACUGUCUUCCGACUGACCCUGGUCAAAGGCUUCAACGUCGACGACGAGGUCGAGGGGUAUGCGCAGCUCGUAGAGAAGGGUCUGCCCUGCUUCGUCGAGAUCAAGGGUGUCACCUACUGUGGCACCUCGACGGCGUCCAACGCCGGCCUAAGCAUGUCCAACGUCCCUUUCUACUGGGAGGUGCAGGAGUUCGUCACGGCGCUAGAGAAGAGGCUCAACGAAAAGGGUCUCAAAUACGGCAUCGCCGCGGAGCACGCCCACAGCUGCUGCAUCCUGCUGGCGAGCGAUCGAUUCUACGUCGAUGGGAAGUGGCACCCGCGAAUCGACUACCAGCGCUUCUUUGAACUUCUGGAGGAGCGGGGACCCGACGGAGACUGGAAGCCGGAGGAUUACAUGGGCGAGGCGACCCCUGAAUGGGCCACCUGGGGUAAUGGCGGUUUCGACCCCAGAGAUGACAGAGUUGACAGGAAGGGCAGGAAAAUUGAGGUCUAA